AUGAAAACCAAUAAUUCAAUGAUACUGACUGUGGAAGAUCACACUGGCCGUUUGGUUGAGCUGAAAGUGAGAUUUGUGAGGUUGCAGUGACUACGUUUUAAUCAGUUCCCCCUACUUGCACAGCCAUGAGAGUGUGUGUGGUUGGCGCGGGGGCGGCUGGUCUGUGCGCUGCGAGGCACCUUACCACCCCCGGGGGCGGUGGGGGCGGCAACAUGGACGUCGUGGUGUACGAACAGACUGAUCAGCUGGGAGGUACAUGGGUGUAUACAGAACACACAGAACUUGACCCAUCUACAGGUCUGCCUGUACACUCCUCGCUGUAUAAAAGUCUCCGGACUAAUUUACCCAAAGAAGUGAUGGGGUUUCCUGAUUUCCCUAUACCAGAACAGCCUCGGUCGUAUUUGCCCGCCAUAGACAUUCUACGGUUCCUAGACAACUACGCUGAACAUUUCCAACUAAAACAACACAUCAAGUUUCGUCAUCUCAUCAAGCAAAUACAGCCAAACCAGUCAGGAUGGACAGUAACUGUGACGAACCUGACCACUAAACAGGACACUGUGGAAGACUUUGACGCCAUCAUGGUGUGUAACGGCCACUACCACACCCCUAGGUACCCUGACAUCCCAGGGGCAGACACGUUCCCUGGCCUCCGUCUACACAGUCACCACUACAGGGUACCCGCCCCUCUGGCUAACAAGACAGUCGUGGUGGUGGGCGCUGGCCCCAGUGGCUUGGACAUUGCUCUGGAAAUAACUGCGGUUGCUAAACAGGUGAUUCUGAGUCAUCACCUGAAGGACGAGAUUUUGACUAAGUUCCCGGACAAUUUGGUCCAGAAACCGGACAUUCAGUCCGUUUCAGGGUCCUGUGUGACGUUUGUGGACGGAUCUCAGGUUCAAGCAGACGUCUUAUUUUACUGCACAGGAUACCGGUACAGCUUCCCUUUCCUCAGCCCAGAGUGUGGUGUGACAGUGGAGGAUAACUUUGUACAGCCUUUGUACAAACACCUGGUCCACAUACAUCGACCAACCAUGUGCUUCAUAGGGCUGCCUUACUACGUUUGUGCUUUCACAAUGUUCGAUGUGCAGGCACGCUACUUCACCAAAGUCCUCCAGGGUUCUCUGAAGCUACCCUCAUCCUUGGCCAUGCAGGAGCACACGGAGGCCGUGGUGGCCAGAUGCAAGGCUGAUGGCCUCUCGCCUCGGCAGUACCACAUGUUAGGCCCUCGCCAGACAGAGUACUUCCUCAGUCUCACCCAGGAGGCUGGCCUCCAGCCUGUACCUCCCGUCAUGGAGGCGCUUCAUAGCCACAGCAGCCGCCGCUUCCUGGAGGACCUUGUACAUUACAGAGAAGACGUCUUCCGUCUUCUAGACGACCAGAGGUUCCAGUUGAUACAGAUUUAGAAGCUGUUUUCCAUAAAUUGUAAUCCGUCUGCUUAGAUUGUUUUGAUGUAACAAGAUACACAAAGUUCAAAGCUUUCUUUAAUUCAUUAUCUAUUUUAAGAUGAGUAUCUAUCGGGUCUUUGAUGUAUCACUAGUUUACCUGGUGCUGGUAUGUCAAAGAGAGCUAUUUUGUUUACUACAUGACGAUAACAUUUACCUUAGACUAUUUAUUUUUACUCAAUGAUUGUUUUAGCUCUUAUAUGGGUCCAAAAUUGGUUGAUAAAUAUCCAAAAAUGUUCAACAAAAAGUAGGGGUUUAAUCUUGAUCACGACAUACAAAACCUUUAAUGUGUCUGUGUCUCAAAACGUCAGGAGUAUCUUUACAAAAUACAAUCACAGAAAAAAGAUUAUACAUUUUGCUAUAGGGGCUAUAUUAUACACUUCUAAUAUAGAUUUUCAAGGAUAUUUCCUAACAUACAAUCGUUAUUAUGGAUAGUAUUUAAAUCUCCUCGAUUUCUUGUUCAUAAUAAUCAUUGUAAUAAAUGACUUUGGUAGCAGCUUUAAUUUUUUUUAAUAAAAAAUACAAAUACAAGCAAAAGGUAUUUUAGUUUACUACCUAAAUUUUAUCUAUAUCAGAAAUGUUUGUUCUCAAUAAGGACGUUAAUGUAUUGUAUAACAUGCACGAGGUUGUUGUAUUAACUAACAAGCAAACUACUUGUAUCCAAAAGAACAGUAGAAACAUGCCAUACUAAUUGAGAUGCCAAAUUUAUCCGUGCACUAAUUACGUCAGCAUGGGAACUCUUCGUGGCAUGUUUAUGCAUGUGACAAAACACUGCAAUGUAACAGAAUAUUAGGAGUAAAUGUUUUACUGAAAUACAGAUUUACACAAGAUUCA